AUUCACCCCCCCUCUAGCGUUGGGCCUUUAUUCUAACAAUUCGUAUCGGAGCCAUACUCUCUGAAAGACAUAACCGUUUGAGAAAAACGAUCAAUGGCUUCUACUCAAAGUUCAUACGCAGGUUUAGGUGAAGGGCAAUCCACCACGAGGCCUCCAUUGUUUGACGGAACAAACUACACCUAUUGGAAGGAGCGCAUGAGGAUUUAUAUCCAAUCCACCAACUUUCUCCUCUGGAGAAUUAUCAAAAAUGGUGAGAACGUGCCAAUGAAGAAGGUCGAGGAAACCAACGUCCUUAAGACCGAGGAUGAAUAUGAUGAGCAAGACAUCAAGAAGGUGGAAAACAAUGCCAAGGCCAUCAACAUCAUUUAUUGUGCCGUUAACCCGGAUGACUACCGGAAGAUUUCUUGUUGCACCACCGCAAAGGAAAUGUGGGACAAACUAGAAAUCACCUACGAAGGUACGGAUCAAGUCCGAGAAGCUAAAAUUGAUUUUCUAACCCAUGAAUAUGAAUUGUUUCGUAUGAAGGAAAACAAGAAAAUCGAUGAGAUGUUUGAACGAUUCUCCAAAAUCGUCAAUGAUCUUCAUGCUCUCAAGAAAACGUACACGGACAAGGAGCUAGUGAGAAAAAUCCUGCGAAGUCUCACACCGGAGUGGCGCUCCAAAGCCGAUGUCAUUCAAGAGUCCAUCGGCAUCACAAACGUCACCAUUGACGGACUUAGAGGUAGCCUCAAAACCUAUGAGUCCACCAUUCUAUUCCCUUCUUUAGGUGAACAAAAGAAGAAGGGGAUUGCACUUAAGGCUACCUCAAGCCAAGAACCCGCCAUGGAGGAAUCAAGCGAUGAGGACAACGAGUUCGGGCUCGUCAUCAAAAAAUUCCACAAGUUCAUGCGAAAAGAGUAUGAACGAAAGGGCAAAAAGCAUGGAGGACCACCCAAGUGCUAUGGGUGUGGAGAAGUUGGGCACAUCAAGCCAAAAUGCCCAAAUGCCAAAAACGAGAAGGAAAAGAAACCGUUCAAGAAGCACCGAGCUUACAUUUCAUGGGGAGGUGAUUCCGGCGACGAAUCAUCGGAAGGCGAAGAAAACGAAAGUGCUAAUCUUUGCCUCAUGGCACACGAGGAACCACCGGAAGAGGUAUGUACCACUUCCAACGAUUCCUACACCUUUGAUGAUGUUCAAGAAGCCUUCAAUGAACUUUAUGAUGAAUAUGUCAACGCUUCUAAAAUUAACAAGGAUUUGAAGAAACAACUUACUUCCAUGGAGAAGGAAGUUGAUAAACUAUCAAAAGAUAAUGAAAAACUUAAAGAAGAAAAUAAGUUUUUCGGGAAAAGAAGCGCCGACAAACCGGAGAGUUCAAAAUGNUUCUCAUAAAAACCUUAAUGAUGUUCUUGACAAUUUGCAACUUACUAAACAUGGCAUAGGUUUUGAAAAUGAAACCAAUAAUAAGGAAAAAGUUGAGCAACCACCUAAACAACCUAAGGCUCAACCUAGGAAAACUAAAAUGAACAAUAAUAGACAACCUACAUC